GAACAACUGGCCGGUUUUCAUUUUGUGGUUUCUGCUGUGUAGAGGAAGUAGCUUAUAUGAGAACAGGGCCUGAUUUCAGAAAGACCUUUGUUAAAAUGUGUAGUCCGGGAGCAUUUAGAUCUCAUUCUGCUCCCACUGCGGUGCAAAACAGAUUACAAACACAAUGGACAAUUGAACCGUCAUAUUAACGAACGUAUUGAAAACGUUGUUUGGAUCUUAACAAUUUGGAGGAGUACACUGCAUGAACUGACAGUCAAACAACUUUCUUUGGCGUGUUUCCGGUUUCAUCCUCCCCACCCCCCAUUAAAGAUUCCAUUAUGGGUGUUGAUAUUCAAACCUACCGAGCUCGAAUAGGGACGAACAAGUUUGCAUUCGGCUCUGAUGUUGUAACUUCAAGCAUAUCAGUCAACUUCAGUCUUUUCUUGAAAAGCACAACGGUUUCUCUCUUCUUGGUUGUUAUGUGCCUUGUGCUGAAGUCAGGCGCCUACGAUUUCAGUCUUAUAGAUGCCGUUGAUGUAGCUAACGAGAAGAAGGCAGAACAGAAUUUGGAGCUGCAAUUGCCAAGUAUAGAUGCAGUCCGAUAUAUACCAGCUUUAUUGGGUCCUUUGUGGAAUUGUUUGGUAUUAAAACAGAGAAUUGCAGGGUUUACGGGAGCAGUUUUAUUUAUUGGUUUACUCUUGCUCAGAGGGGGAAUAGAACCAAACCCAGGACCUAUACCAGAAUUUCCUAUGGUGAUCAGACUUACAGACAAGCUAAAACUGACAGUAAAGUGUGGCAAAUUGCAUGAAAUACAGAAGGCGUGCUUGUUGGUGGGUGAUGAAUUUCAAAAGCAAAAUCAAAAGGUUUUAAGGGUCCCUUUUCCGGUUUGGGAUGAUUAUAAACCAUAUACGGCGAAAAAUGUCGUAACAUUUGGAAAUGAUUUGAGGAAUGCCCUUGUUAAAGGUCUCACGCAGUGCGAAGAAAGACGGUGUUCAACAGUUGCAUUUACAGCUAUCGUAGCAGGUAACAGUUGUCAAGAACUGUCAGAAGUUUAUAUUGGAUAUGGAAUCCUUGAAUUUUGCAAAGAGACAAAAGGCACAUUACAAGAGAUUCAAAUUGUCGGCGGGGAUGAGAAGAUUUUAUUUGAUAUACACCAUUGUUUGGCAUACAUGGUGCGAUCAUAUACACAGCCUCCUUGGUUUGACAUCUCCAUUUUCAUGACAAAGGAUGUUGCAAUUGCUGAAGAAGCCAACGUUAAAUUAACUGGGAGAGCAAGACACAGUUCCAUUAGUGCAGCAGAAGUGAAGGCAGUUUUCGAGGAGCUCAGUCUGAUUGAAAGAAUUAGUCAAAAAAUAACGCUGAACGAAGCACUGGCUUUAGACAUUUCGAAGUCAGAAAGUUCGAAAUCUGACCUGGAACUAUCAGAUACGCCGUGGGCACUUCUCCAUGAACUUCUUCACGGCAAUUGGGAAGGCAGAGAUAACGUACCUGACACACAGCAGGAUGAUACGGGUGAUUGGCUUGAAGAGAAUGGUGAACAUGUAACGGUAACUGAAAUUAGUGCCAUGGACAUAUUUAUGGCCACAUUUCAUUCAUGCGAUGGACUUUUGAAACAAGCGCUUUUUAAGAAGAUGUAUCUGUGCAAACUUGCCAUGCCCUUUUUGUAUCAUUCAGUUAACACGAAUGCGAUUCGAGUUUCGUUAUGGCCUUUACAACAGUUUCCGAUAUCAGAUGGCAAUUUAGAGCGUUGCGCUUUGACCAUGAAAACCAAUGUUAUAACUUUUGUUCGCCUUGGUAGGCCUCAAUUUUCGAAAUCAAUGUUUCUUAAUCGCUUGAUCCAAAACAGGCACGACGCAUUUUCAAUCUUUUUCAACAGGGAAUGCAAGUCUGGCCUGUUAAGUCGCGUUCUUUUUAAAAGAGUCGUCGAGAUAUUUUGGGAUACUCCUGCAAAUGAAAACAAACCGAUAAGAACAUAUAUGAAUGUCAGAAGCGACUUUGCUGAAGAAUUCAAAUCUCAAACUGACAUUUGGAAAUGUUUAAUUCAAACAACAGAUUUGUUUGUUGUUAUCAUUGAGCUUAACGAAAUGGUGAGCAAUUUUGAGAAUUAUAGCAAACUGCUCAUUCAAAUACCAAAAUGCGUAAUAUUGUUCUCUGAACACAAUGAUAUUGGGAAAGAAACUAAAAUCAGUAUACAAGACAAAAUAAAAAAGUUACGCAAUAAUCACAAAGAUAAAUUUAAAGUUAUUUCGACACAUGAAAGGGGAACAGAAAAGGAAACUGAAAAACUAUUGAAAAACAUGUUGAUUAACAUAGCAGAACAUUUGAAAACAUGUCAGGCUGAGCUGACGUUAGAAGAGAGGAUCAACCAAUUUAACGAAAACAAUGGUCACAUAUUAGAAGAGGACGAAAACGAAGACUUAAGUUUAGGAAAGGAAUUAGCAAAAUGUCUGAUGUCAGAGAUGACUACUGAAAUUGUGCACACGAAUGAAAAUAACAGCUUUCAAAACUGCAUUAGUAUUUUGACACCAGUGUCGUAUUAUGAUUCUCCAAAAUUGAUUAAAACGUUGAGAUUACAGAACCAGGCAGAAGAUCGAAAUGAAAUAGAAGAGCAAAGCGACGCUAUUUUUAACACUCGGAAAGAAUGCCUUUCAAAUAUUUCAAAUACCGUUCGACUUCUUGCAAAAUAUCUCGUUAAUACGCGACUACUAAACAUGAGGCAAAAGUACUUCAUUGGGUGGCUAAGAAUUCUUAUUGAACAAAAAAUAUAUCAUUUCUUAUGCCGAAAUAUAAAGGAAAAGGAAAAGUUAUUAGACACGAUUGCUGAAAGCAAGAGCGAUAAAACAAGGCACGAAUCGGAUAAGGAAAACGAAGAACGCUUCUUAGAAUUAGAUGGGAUUAUAAAGCUUUCAUCUCUUACAGUUGAGCGUCUUUUUCGCGAAAUAAGUCAUGUCUAUGAUUCGAUCAUUGAAUUAGAAAAAGACCCUAAGAAAUAUCGUUUGCCAAGUGUAAACGACUGUGUGGACACAUUUUCAAAUUUAAUCAUUGAGGGCGAGACAGUUGAACUAAUGACGGAGUCCUUUUUCAUGCCACGAAGAUGGUUGCAAAAUAUUUUUAAAUCACUAGACGGAAGGCUGCCUGUGUAUAAAAUAAAAACUAUUUCCGUCUUAGGGCUACAAAGCUCUGGUAAGUCUACGGUUUUAAAUACGAUGUUUGGAGUGCAGUUUGCUGUAAAGUCGGGUCGCUGUACCACAGGAAUACAAGCAAGGUUGCUCCCUGUGGGGCAGCACAACUCAAACAAUGAAGAAUCGAAUUACGUUAUGAUUUUAGACACAGAAGGCCUAAGAUCACCGUUGUUAUCUGGUGUCUGGAAGCCUACUUCUCAAGAUAAUGAACUUGCUACAUUUGUUACUGGAUUAGGAAACUUGUCAAUAAUCAACGUUAUGGGUGAAAAAUUAGCAGAUAUGAAAGACAUCUUGCAAAUUGUUAUACACGCUCUUAUCAAAAUUAAAUCGUCACAAAAUCGCAUCUCUCUAGGCCAUAAAUGUGUCUUUAUUCAUCACAACGUAACAGUCAGUUUUACAGAUGUCUACAUGAAAGAAGUAUACAGGGAUUUCGACUCAACAUUAGAUUUAGUAGCUGAAGAGGUUGUCAAAAAUGAAGGGAUUCCAGAUAUUUAUAAUGCUAAACAUGUCCUAAAAUUUGACGCAGGAAAGGAUGUACACCCUGUUCAAAAUUUAUGGCAAGGUGGUCAUUCUUUGAGGCGAAUUAGCCCUGAUUACAGUAAGAGUAUAUUGGAAAUAAAAGAUAAAGUUAUGACACAUUUAACCGAUUAUGGCUUUAAAUCCUUCUCAGAUUUAUCUCAGCUUGCGUUUGACGUGUGGGAUGGUAUAAAUUCGGAACAAUCUAUAUUCACCUUUCGAAGUAGCAUAGAAAUGAAAGCAUAUUAUCAGACUGAAGACCAUUACAAACUCUUAGUCAGAAACAUUGGCUUUCUGGUAAGAGACGAACAUGCAAAUCAAUGCUUCAAAUUUAUGUCUGACUGUCAGAAUGAAGAAGAAUUAAAACAGAACAGACAAGAAGUAGUAUCUUUGAUAAAUGAAUUCAUCUCGAGGAAUACAGCUGGAAUGAAUAAAGAAUUCAUGAAGUUUUUGGAAGAACAAAAAAUGGCCAACUUGGGCUCAUUGUAUGUACAAAGAUUCGAAAACGAAUUUCAGGAAUUGAAAAGACGCAUAGAAAAUGACACAAAUAGGUAUUUUGAUGAACAGUUGGUGAAAAUGGACACAUCUACAAUAAGUUCAUAUAGAAGAGAUCAACUACGGUACAAAACUGCUGAGAUAGUGUCAUCCUCAAAAGGUAAAGACGAAAAAAAGGCUGAGUUCGAUAAAAUAUGGAGUGACUUUGAGAAUGAAAUUACAGCGAAGACUUUUUCUAUUCAAGAUGAUUGUUUAUACAAUGAUUUCGCUGGACAGUUUAGUCAGACAUGUGCUGCUGUUUUCCACCAGCGGAAAGAUGGAAAAGGAAGUUUUUAUGAACAUCUGUCUGGUAUAAAUGGUAUAACUAAACACGAUUUUAACCUUUCAAAGACGAACUAUUGCACUAAAUUAUUCUUUGGGAAAGAUUUUGUUCAUGACAUAGUUUAUCCGUGGUUGAGAAGAAUAGUUGGGGAAUUUGAAAGCCUGCUUUCUAAUUACAAAACUAAAAGGCGGCUUCUUUUAAAAAACGAUGUAAUAGGCUUUGCUGAAAGCUUUAAACAGUGUCAUGACAAAUAUGUAACAGACUUAAAGGAAAUUGGAAUAUACGCUAAACCGAGUUUUUCAUCAAAACUGUUUGCGGAUGGGUUCCAUAUAGCUUCAGGGGAAUUUUUAGAUCAUAAUGUAAAGUAUGAUUUAAAUACAGGUGUAACAUACCAACUUAAGAAAUAUAAACAUGAAAUGUAUGCAAUCUUUGAAGAAGAACUUGAGGAUAGAUAUGAAGAAAGCGCAGCGUGCAAAUUAUUUUUUCUUGAACUCGAAAAUUGUCUUAAAGGAGUUAUAGAAUCAAAAUUACCAACAUCGCUAUGCAAAAGGUUUCUUACCCUAAUACCAAACACAAAAAGAAGGCUCAUUGCUAGCGUAUGUGAAUAUAUUGCUACAGAUGUUGAACCUUGUGAGGUUUUUGAAUAUACCCGGGAUCCGAAGCAAUUUGCAUUAGAAUGGUUCAAGCGUAGAUGUUUAGGCUUAUUUGACAUAACACUAGAAGACAGAUUGAAAUGUCAUUUAAUAGAUAUCGAAAACGAUAUUAAAAAUGCACUUAAACAUUGCGAACACCAAUGCAAGCAACAUAAUGAACUUACGACUCAUGAGUGGUUAGAACAUUUUGAAAAAGAAUUCAAAUAUGUACCAAUUGAUCCUAAACGAUUCCCAGGAUUUCUAAACAAAAAUAAGUUCAAGACUGCAGUGCAUUUUGCCACAGCAGUAUUGGAUGAAAGACAAUUAACAAAAAUGUUAAGUUCCUUGAAGGAUGAACUGAAAUGUGGAGUUACAAGAAGGGAUUUCACUGAUUCCUAUGAUUUUCGUAGCAUGUUUGAUGAUAUUUGGGGCUGUCCUGAAUUGUGUCCGUUUUGCCGCGAACCCUGUAUUAAAGGCAAGGUUCACACACCUGAUUUAAAACACGAAUGUUUACAACACAAACCUCCAAGUUUUAAAGGCGUUCGUGGCAAAUACAACAAUUAUUGUUUUGAUGUUUGUAAUUACGAAGUAGGUUUAAGAACAAGUGUGUACCGCUGUUCUGAUAUUAAUGGGGCAUGUGGCUGUACAAAAAGUAAAUUACCAGAUAUAUUUGCGAUUAUGUUUUCAUACGUUGGAGUUCAGUCUGGUCAGUUCCACUUGUACAAUAAGUACAUGGACACUGAACUCUUCAAAUAUUGGGACAUAAAGGUUUCGAAAGAUACAGAAGAGUGUUCAAGGUUUUGGGCGUGGUUUUCUUUUUCUAAAUACAACAAAAUUUGUGAAAAACUCGUUGGCAAACAUGAAAAUAUUCCAGAACGAUGGAAAAAAAUAUCAAAGGAAAAAGCAAUAGCAAGUUUAUAUGAACCUUUCAUGUGACUUUCUUUUUACAUGCAUGGUCCAAUGAUGUGAGAAAGGAAGAUCAACAAGUCGAGCAAACCACAUGAAAUUAUUCUUGCAAAGGAAAUUGAUAUUAAGUAUGAUAUAAUUUCUAAGAAAACUAACAUUUACUGUGAAAAUUUUAAUUACAAAAUGGGGCUUACGUGUAUGGAUAUUGGUGAACUCGUUUUUUUUUUAUCCGAGAGGCGAGGCCUUUUCAAUUAUUGCAUUGUAACAUAAUUAAAGAUGCACUCUUACUCCCAAAUAAGGUUUACUACAAUUAAUACUAUUGUUUUAAUAUUCCAAAAAUGAUUAAUAAAUGCCGAAGGAAAUGUUUUUUAUGAAGGAUACGAAGUUGUUAUAAUUGUAUAUAGUGUUGUGAUUUCCCAUUGUAUGUUAUAUAAAUGUGCUAUGAUAAUAUGCAUAGCAAUAUAUAGGAUAACAGAAAAUCAUAGUGUGUGGUUUUUUUUCAAUUAUUGAUUAUUAGUAUUAUAUUAUUCUUAUGAUAACAAAGCUUACAUAUUGUAUAACAGCCUUACAAUUCGAGUUCUUGUUGUCACUCACAUUAAUAUGUACAAAUUAAUGUUUUAUGUAUUUUAGAUUGUUUGUCAUUAAAUAAUCACACAUGUAUAUAUGCAAUUAUUGUUAAGCGAGGCUCAGAUUUUGUAAAAUUUCCUCAAUCCCAUGUUUAAGGGAUAACAGAAAAAUACUCUUAUGAUAAAAAGCUUGCAUAUUAUUGUAAGAUUGGUUAACACUUCGAUUUCUUGUAUUAAUGUUAUGGUAGGUACUAUAACGAUUUUUAAUAUUUUAUAUAAUUCUUUGGAUGGUGUGUAUUCCACUGAGUGCAUAUGUUGGGCUUUGAUGUUUCUGCUUAUUGUUCAAUUUGAUUGCAAGGUUCUGUGUUAUUAUGAUAGGAAUACUAAAUUGAAUGUUUAAGUCUUUAAAAAUAUUGGUAUAACAAUAAACAUAAUAGAAAUCAUUUUGACCACUUUUGAGAAUUUGCAGAAAAUGCAUUUUGUUCAAAAUCCUUUUAUUUAAGGUUGAGAAAGACAAACACAUUUGAAAAAUUGCACUGUUAAAUGCAGCAGCAUGUAGAUUUUUGAAUUGUACAGUAGUUUUACCAUGGUCACAAGCAAUCAUUGAAUAUAUGGAUGUUUCUUCCUUUUUGCUUUUUAAACUUAAAUUAUUGUUUCUUAUUGUUGAACUGUUCAAAUAUACUGAAAACAUUUUGUGCAGUGAAUCAAUAAAAUUUUCUUAUUCA